GGUACCACUGAAUGGUAAAAUAUUGCUUGCCAAAUUUCAUGCUGGUGAAGUCGCGGUAAACAACUAGAUAAUAGAAGAUAAAUAAUAUUCUAUUACAGAUAAAAAACAAAUCAUGUCACCGUAACUUUUAUAGGCAUAGGUGAGAUUACAGACUAAAUAUUUUUACGUAAUAGUCACUCAAGCGUACAAAUAGAUACAAAAGCAAUAUCGAUAAAACCUGUUUUUUUAUAUAUUGGCCACAACCUUGUUCCAAAUAUUAUCUUUUAUAAGAUAGUAAGUCUUUAGCUCUCGAAAUUGCAGGUAGUGGCUAUGUGGCUUGUGAUUGUGUAUUUAUUAUUUGGAGAUGCACAAUUGGUGUUGUCAACUGUUUCCGAUCGAUACGAAAAUGUUAUCAAUGAGAGGGAUACUUUAUUUAAAAAAGAAAUUGACAUGAUGCUAGGAAGUGAUAUAGUUCUCAGUGACAGUGAAGAAAAAGUGAAUGAAAUAAUUAUAGAACUGAAACAUCGGGAAUUAGAUACAGGAUUACUAGAACCAGGACAGUUUAACGUCUCGAAACACUUUUUCGAAUAUAAAGAGACAAUAAAAGAAACAAACCUAUUUAAAAUAAUUAAGCGUAUGCCAAAAGGUGCGAUACUGCAUGCUCACGAUAUAGCCAUUUUAAGUCCGGAUUAUGUUUUAGGAUUGACUUACUCCGAAAAAUUGUAUGUUUGUUUCGAGGAGGAUGACGUGCGAUUCUUGUUCUCAAAAGACAUUCCAAAAGAUACAUGUGGAACUCGAUGGCAGUUGCUGAGAGACGCGAGAUUUUCCUCUGGUAACGUAGAAAAGUUCGAUGCUGAGCUAAAAAAAUAUUUUACUAUUGUAAUUGAUAAUCCAGAAGAAGUAUACACUGAUAUUAAUAUUGUCUGGAGUAUAUUCCAAGACUAUUUUGUAAGAUUUAGUGGAAUAAUCAGUUACAAACCUGUUUGGGAGAAAUACUUUUACGAUGCUCUUAAAGCAUUAAGAGACGAUAAUAUUAUGUACUUAGAAAUUCGUAGUACUUUACCACAAUUGUACGAUUUAGAGGGAAAUGUUUUUGAUUCUCUAGCGACUGCACAAUCGUAUAAGGAUGUUUCAGAUAAAUUUGUUAUUGACUAUCCAGACUUUUAUGGUGUUAAGCUAAUAUACUCACCACUACGCCUGGUCGAUUACUCAACUGUUAAAAGUUAUAUAGAAAUAGCAAAAAAUAUUGAUAAUAAAAUACCUGGAUUUUUAGCUGGAUUUGAUUUAGUUGGCCAAGAAGAUUUAGGCGCUCCUAUAAAAUAUUUUUUACCGCAACUUGUUGAAGCUGGAAAAUAUUUGAAAUUCUUUUUCCAUGCCGGUGAAACGAAUUGGAAUGGAAUGAGUCCUGAUGAAAAUAUAUUCGAUGCAAUUGUAUUAGGUACACAACGUAUUGGUCAUGGUUUUGCAUUGGCUAAGCACCCUGUUUUGAUUGAAGAAAUUAAAAAGAGAGAUAUAGCUAUAGAGGUGAAUGUUAUAUCAAAUGCUGUUCUCGGAUUAGUGAAAGAUGUGCGGAAUCAUCCAUUAUCUUCUUACCUAGCUCAAAAUCUGCCAGUGGUAUUAUCAUGUGACGAUCCCGGAGCUUGGGAAGCUGAUCCAUUAUCUCAUGAUUUCUACGUUACCUUUGUUGGUGUUGCAAAUCGCCAUGCUGACUUGAAACUUUUAAAGAAACUGGCUUUGAACUCUUUAUAUUAUAGUACACUAAAGGAUAAAGACAAAAUUAUACAUGAGUUUGAAAUACGUUGGAUUAGAUUUAUUGACUCCAUCCUCAAAGGGAAUUACUGAAAAUAUUACUGUGUAUAAGUUAUAAAAAAUAAGCAAACACAAUGAUUGUAUUAUUGUUUUACCUACAUCUACAAUACAUACUCGUUACUUAAAUUUUAACUCGGAGUAAAACACUGUAGACUACCUGACUGAUUUCUCCCGA